AAUAACAAUAAAGAAAACUCUGAUAUGACAGUAAAUACAACUGAAAAAAAUCUUAAUAACAAUACCUUGAAGCAAAAAGAACCUCUAAAAAACCUUUCUACUUGGGAUGAGAAAGUAACUCAAGAUCUUGAAAGAGAAAAAACAAACUUACUUCAAGAAACGAAAGAAAACAGAGAUAACAAAAACAAAACAACUGAAGAAAAAACACAUGAUUCUUUGCAUAAUAAUUUAGAUAUGACCAAAACAACAAAUACACGUGUCAUGUCAACAAAUGAACCUCAUAUAGAAACUCCUACAAAUGCUCUGAAAGAAAAUGCUACAUCAGCAUCAGCCUCCUCCUCUUCACAAAAGAUGAGUAUAGAUGAAACUUCAAAAGAUAAAACUAUAGAAGAUCAAAAAGAAGCCCCGAUAGCUAGUAGAAACAAUGAUAAUGUGACUGUUAAAACAGAGAAAGUAGAGCCUAUAGCUUCAACUUCUAUGAAUACAAAUAUAGAAAAAACUCUAGAAACUCGAGAGGCAACUUCUGCAGAAAAUAAUAACUAA